GGCUUUAGCACGACCCGUGGACCCACGUGCUUUUUCUUGUCCAAUGGGAGCCGGCUCCCGGGCGCGAAGGGGCGGGGAGGAAAGGAACGACUGCGCUACGUUGCGAGAAGGGGCGGGACCUGCAACGUCCGACAGAACGAGGGCACGUAACGGAGGCAGGUCGGAGCCGCUGCCGUCGCCAUGACCCGCGGUAACCAGCGUGAGCUCGCCCGCCAGAAGAAUAUGAAAAAGCAGAGCGACUCGGUUAAGGGAAAGCGCCGAGAUGACGGGCUUUCUGCUGCCGCCCGCAAGCAGAGGGACUCGGAGAUCAUGCAGCAGAAGCAGAAAAAGGCAAACGAGAAGAAGGAGGAACCCAAGUAGCUUUGUGGCUUCGUGUCCAACCCUCUUGCCCUUCGCCUGUGUGCCUGGAGCCAGUCCCACCAUGCUCGCGUUUCCUCCUGUAGUGCUCACAGGUCCCAGCACCGAUGGCAUUCCCUUUGCCCUGAGUCUGCAGCGGGUCCCUUUUGUGCUUCCUUCCCCUCAGGUAGCCUCUCUCCCCCUGGGCCACUCCCCGGGGUGAGGGGGUUACCCCUUCCCAGUGUUUUUUAUUCCUGUGGGGCUCACCCCAAAGUAUUAAAAGUAGCUUUGUAAUUCCUUGAGCGCCUGGUUUGACUGGGGACUUGGGGGGAUGGGGUUGGAGGAAUGACUGCCCUUUCCCACCAAAAAGGGAGAACUGUUUAGACUCAGAUUGUGGAUAUGUAGACUUAAUAAGUGAAACAUCACAGAAGAAGCCUUUACUAUACAAUGACAACCAAACCAAGUACUCCGGAUAUGCGGUAGAGGAAUCCUCUAAGAACCAUAGAGACUUCUUUUCUGUGAUUUUUGUUCCCCACCCUUGAACACCAUCUCUAGGUUGGAGUUGGCCUAAGAGUGAAUGCUGCAAGAUCUGUGUUUAUGCCUCUUUUCCUCAUUCUUCCUCAGUUUGUUCGUCUGCUUGAAAGUUGGCCAAAAAAUCCUGCUGCUCACCGACUUCCCGUGGUCAGCUGCUGUCAAGUGUUCACAUUCUCUUCUGUCAUUCCUCAUGGAAUGAGGGUGGUUUUGUCUUCCCGCUUCCCUUGACCUCAAGAUCAGGAUUAAAACCUGGGGUAGCCUCUGUGCUCCUUUCUUCUAUGCCCUGGUUUGUUCUGUGGUUCUGGGCUUCUUAUAUCCGUGUGCCCAGGGCUGAACUGCUUAUUUUCCUUUCUCCAAGGGCAGAGCCGAGUCUUCAGUCCCUGUUGGUCUUUCCCCACCCCCACUUGCAGCCCAAGAGCCAGGAAAGGGCUGGUGCCACACUGUCUGCUGGGAUCAGCGGUGUUUCUUGAGCUGCCGAUUUGGGUGUUAGGCUCUUGAGCUGGGAUGCAGAUGUAACAGCUCCAGUGAGCCAGACACUCUGCCCAGCGCAUUAGACUGUGUUUGACUACUUCUUCCAGUUCAUAGUAUUGCCUUCAGCCCAAAGGGAGAUAACUCCCCAUGUGUCCUUGAGGUAUUAAGCUGGGCUGGACAGCUCCCCUUGAGCCAACUCUAGGAGUACAAUGUCAAGGGAAUCCCAGUUUGUGAAAAGGAGUUAGACUGGAGGAUAUUUGUUAUCUCGGGAUGUGAUGCGGUGGCGGCGGUGCCUCAAGAUAAGGGGCUGGGGUUUCUGGGUGGGGGACCAACAGAGUGGUGCCAGUAACAGCCCCAGAUAGAGGAGUACGCAGGCCCAGCAUGAGGCAACCUUGACCCAGAAGGUGGCCCAGCUACCCUUGAUGAACGUCUUUUCCAGUUCUGCUCCCUCAUAGCUGUGUAACCAAAGGCGUUAGUUAGAGAAUAUGAAGGGCCUUAGCUUUUAGACCUGUUCUACCUCCUCACCAAAUUUAAUGGCAGACCCAUGUGUGUCUGGAAUGGCCUUGAGUUGCUCUUUCCUUAAAAUAGCUAGCUCAGGACAGUAUCUAAGGCCAACCUCCAUCUUACCUGAACCAGUUGGUAAGGGUAACCAUGACAUAGAGUGAGGCAAGGAAGAAGACGAAGUGGAAGGCAGAAUAGUUGUAGGAAAGAUGCUGGACCUGGACUGUAGGAGCUGGAGGGGUCUCUUGGUCAGCUGGCAUAGCAGCCCCACCCCUUUGCCCUGGAGAGAUGAAAUGGCUGCUGGGAGCAGUGCUGCUGAAACACCUCUUCCCCUCUCCCCCAACUACCUUUGUUAAGGCUCUUGAGGGUUCUUAUGGCACUCCACAGAGAUCUACCACUUCUUAUGGUUCCUCACUUGGCACUCACCUUCGUCUGCCUCCACUGUUUCAGGGCAGCAGAAACACAGUGAGGGCUUCUGCAAAACAGAACGCAGGUUUUGGAAUGGUCUUAAAAGAUGUGAGGGUGUUCAUCUAGGAAACUUCCCCUGUGAAAAGAUUGGUCUAGUAUUAAAAAGUGGAGGCACACCUGGGUUCAAAUUCUAGCUCCAGCAUCUAACUGGCUGUGCGGACUUUGGUAAGAUGUUUUAAUCUUUUGUGCCUCGAUUUCUCCAUUUGUAAAAUGGAGCAAAUACCUACCUCACAGGGUUGUUGUGAGGGUUAAAUUAAAUGAGAUUAUGUAAAAGUUAUCUAGCACAGUUGCCUAGCACAUUGUGGGUACUCAAUAAAAGGUAAUAGCAGC